AUGCGCUUCCUGCUAAUCACCCGGCUCCCUGACUCUCUCCGCAUAGUCAGGGACCACUUCCUCUCAGUUUGCCCCACCACUCUCACCGUUGACCUCCUCGAGAAAGCCCUCCUAGCGAUAAAGAAGAGCAUAGUCGCUGUAGGAGCCUCUCGUCGUGACCCUCGUACCCCCGUCUUUGAGGGGUGUUCUCCCUCCCCCCUCUUGCCCUCUGUUGCCUCUUCUGCUGCGGCCGACCUCGUUGGUUUCAAGUCGGUCGGCGCUGCGUCUGCCCCGAGCGGGAAGCGCCGCACCGGCAGGGGCAAGGGGGGCAAGGGCACUGGAGGGGCUGGAGGGGGCGGUGGAGGUGGUGGUGGAGGCAGUGGAGGGAGUGGGGGUAAUGGUGGGAGUGGUGCCACGGGUGGCGGCGGUGGCGGCAGCAAAGGAGGAGGCGGAGGCUGUGAAGGUGGCGGAGGGAGCGUAGGUGGCGGAGGUGGCGGAGAAGGCGGAGGUGGAGGAGGCGGCGGAGGCGGCGGUGGCGGUGGUGGCGCGGGUCGCGACUCUGCGCAGAGGAGUGGCGCCAGUGGUGGUCAGCGCCAGCAGCAGCGGAGUGGUGCCGGGGUUGCUAUCUUUGAUGCUAUCCUUGCUGCCAUGUAUGCUGUUGAUACUAGUGUUGAGGGUGCCUAUUACCUGUGUGUACCGCCUGACCCGGGCAUUGAGGCCGCUGCUCUAGGUACUGGUGAGGCUGCUGCUCUAGGUGCUAGUGCGUCUGCUGCCCCAGGUGCCAGUGCGUCUGCUGCCCCAGGUGCCAGUGCGUCUGCCGCCCCAGGUGCUGGUGAGUCUGCUCUCUCAGGUACUACGUUGGCUCAGGUCUUCCACACCUUCACCCUGGACUCGGGUGCGUCCCGCUCCUUCUUUCGAGACUGCACCACUCUUACGCCGCUCAGUUGGCCGGUUGCAGUCUCCCCGGUAGACCCCUCUGGGGGUCCUGUCUUUGCUAGCUUCUCCACUGUCCUACCGUGCCCAGCAGCCCCCUCUGGCACCCUGUCUGGUCUCUACCUCCCCUUGUUCUCUAUGAACUUGGUGAGUGGAGCGGACCUACAGAAUAGGGGGGUUGACCAGUUCACUCUUGCGAGUCAGCAAGUGACCCACUGCACGUGUGCUCGGACAGGCCGACACUUGGCCACAUUCACCCGUCGGCCAGGGUCGAGCCUGAACACCCUUUCUACCAAGUCUCCUCCUGCUGCUGAGUCUGCCCAGGUAGCUGCGUCGAGUCAGGUGUUUGCUGCGGCGUCCAGGUGUGUCCCAGGUUGA